UGUACAUUUAUCACCCUGGUCAUUGAAUCCAAUUGCUCAUCGUUACAUAUUAGUGCACACGCUGCACUCCCCGGGAAGUAUUCCGCAGAGUUUUCUCAUCCAUGUUUUACCCCUGUUCUUGAUUUUGUUCUCAUUCCUGCAGCUUUUCCACAAAACCUGACGUUCAUCAGAAAUUAUACCUUUCGGUUCAUAGACUUGAAUGGCUUCAAGACCAGCCUGAGAAUAACCCUAAAUUCCAAGGAGAGGACCUUUAUCUGGGUACCAUGCCUGGAAAUAAAAGGAUGGUUCGAAGAACCUGACGACGAAAAUAUAAGUGUAGAAAUAGACAAGAAGAUAUGCAGCACUAUUACAGUGUUUUCCACUGCGGACAUCAUCGUUCAUGGAAUAGUCGUUGGUGGUGCCAUCACUGGAGGUUUUCUCGCUCUCCCAAACGACUAUCUCGGCAAGGAAUACUUGAUAGAUGUCUACACACCACACAAAGAUGCUCUACCACUGAAUGCUCGUCCCCAAGCUGCAAUAACGGCCAUUAGCGACAAUACUAGCGUGACGAUCUAUUGUGUUAGUUCCUGCACCAUAGAUGGACAAACAAUUGAUGGAAACAUUACUUUAAACACGAAUACCUCAGUUCUGUUGUCAACAGAUGCCCUAGCAAACCUUACCGGGACACUGGUCCUCGCUGAUAAACCAAUCUCGGUUGUUGUUGGAUCGACGAGUGUAGUAAUACCGAUGAAGGGGGGUCUAGACUACGGCGUCAUCAUAGAACAAUUGAUUCCUGUCUCAAAGUGGGGGCGUGUCCAUUUUGUCCCACCCUUCCAGAAUGCGACAAACGGAUGGAUAAUCCGCGUUUCGGCGUUUUACUCAAACACCAACGUGACAUUAUCACAAUGCGGAAACGACACUCUACAACACGAGAUGCUUAGUAGCCAAACAUAUAUUGAUGUCAAAGUCGCUGAAAACGUGACCGAAUCCGUUUGCAUGAUAAUCUCAGAUAUGCCGGUCCAGGUUAUGCAGUACAUGGCAAGUUCUUCUACGUCUCAAUACGGUGAUCCUAGUAUGACUUUGAUUCCACCAACGCAAGAUUUUCACGGGAAUACCACAUUGCGCGUUGAAAAUACAAAUCGUGGUAUUUUGCAAUUUGUAGAUUUUAUUACCACGAAGCGCGGGAAAGAUAGUCUGAAAUUGAACGGAACUGCAGUCAGCGACUUCACUGGAUACUGCUUCAAUCUUACCGAAGAAUUGCCGGUCAAAGGUUAUUGCUACUUUUAUAAAAUGUUGGACAAUGGCGUGUACCAUGUGACGCAAAGCGACCAAUCAGAGAAGUUUCUUGUUCGACUUUAUGCGCAAACAAUUACACUUGGGGGAGCAAUGCUGGCAGAUUUGUCAUUCCAAGAACCUGAAAUUCUAAACGUUACUCCAGACCGGUUCACUAAAGCCCCCAUCACACCAAAUUAG